AUCGCCGCAGCUGCGCUGUUCCCCUCAUUGCAGUAACCGAGGUAGCUGCUGUGUGGGCCGCAGGGUUGUCUGACAUAAAUCCGCAUAGAAACACAAAAAUACUGUUAAGAAGAGAAAAAACAAAACCGAUUCGGUGUUCUUCAAAAGCUGAGAGACUCUCUCUUCACCUAGGAGAUUAAAAUGAGCAGCUCGGAGGAAGUGUCGUGGAUCUCCUGGUUCUGUGGACUGCGAGGCAACGAGUUCUUCUGUGAAGUGGAUGAAGACUACAUUCAGGAUAAAUUCAAUCUGACCGGGCUGAAUGAACAGGUGCCACACUACCGGCAAGCACUGGACAUGAUUCUAGACCUGGAGCCAGAUGAGGAGCUGGAAGAUAACCCAAACCAGAGUGACCUGAUAGAGCAGGCUGCAGAGAUGCUGUACGGACUGAUUCACGCACGGUACAUCCUCACGAACCGCGGCAUCGCGCAGAUGCUGGAGAAGUACCAGCAGGGUGACUUUGGGUACUGUCCCCGAGUGUACUGUGAGAACCAGCCCAUGCUCCCAAUCGGCCUCUCUGAUAUCCCGGGUGAGGCCAUGGUCAAGUUGUACUGUCCCAAGUGCAUGGACGUGUACACCCCCAAAUCAUCGCGGCACCACCACACUGACGGAGCCUACUUUGGGACGGGGUUCCCCCACAUGCUGUUCAUGGUGCACCCCGAAUACCGCCCCAAGAGGCCCGCCAACCAGUUCGUACCCAGGCUUUACGGGUUCAAGAUCCACCCUAUGGCUUAUCAGCUCCAACUGCAGGCAGCCAGCAGCUUCAAGAGCCCCGUCAAAGCCAUUCGCUAGAGCUGCAGCGCCCCCUAGCAGUCUCCCGAGCACAGUGAACCAUCAGAGUGACGCACACAGAGACGCUGGCUCCUCAAACAAUUGACAGAGCAGUCUGACUUUUCCACUCAACGGGGGGUGGGGCACUGACACACUGGGGUCAUUUCAACCAGAUUCCUCUUUCCUUUUGUCAUUCAUAAAAAAAAAAAAAAAACAUUUAAACAAACUAUUGUUUAAAUGAAGUUUUGUCAUAUUGUGACACGUUCUACAAAUAUUCAUUAGAAUGUCUCCCCCCAAGUGAAGGGUAAUUCUAUCUAACUUGUAUCCUAGUCUUGUGUACGAGUGAAACCUGUAUUCACUGGGGGGUAGUUACACUUCAUUUGUACUGUAGUCGUCUCUCGCCCCUCCCUCUCACUUCUAUUGGAGAUAAUCUGUUCAGCUAGGGACAGGCAAUUAGUUGACUCGAGACAGGUUUUACUUUGUGAAGCCAUUUCUGUAGGUAUAACAAGUCUCAGAUUAGACUAUUAAUAAUAUUGCAGCAUUAUUAUUAUUAUUUAGUAAUUUAGCAGACGCUUUUAUCCAAAGAGACUUGGGGGUGAGCUAUGCUGCUGCUGAGUCACUUACAAUAGGACCUUGGUAUGUCUCAUCCGAAGGACGGUAUAGUGUGCACUACUAGAAUUAUUAUUAUAGAAAAACAAAUUGAGUGCCUAGUUGAAAAACUUAGGCAAAUUGUGAUGCACUGAUUCCCCCCCCCCCCCCCCCCCAAAUAGACAGAAAAACAGGCCACUGAAGGCAUUGUACCAAAAUGCAGUUAACACCCCAAGAAGCAAACCUCUCCCCCUUAAUUUAAGCACUCAUACGCUGUGUACCUGAACAAUUGGUUGAUACCAGUAACAUUAACAGGGUGCAUGCUACAUACAUCUUGAUCAGUCCUCGUUUUAAAUUUCAAACAAAUGUAAUCUGCAUCCAUCGCAACCUGCAUUCUUUUCAUGGUCCUGCUGCUGCAUGUUGACGGAAGAAACGGGAAGUGAUUUGUAUGUUUAUUUUUUGGGGGGGGGCAGGGGGAGUCUGUUUUAGUUUCUGCUUCUGCGUUACAUAAGUUAUCUUUUUUUUUUGUCCUGUUUUCCUGAAGUCAGCCUUCUUUGAAAAUAAAUGCUAAUAAUAAUAAUAGUCUGUGCCCCCACCCACAAAACAAAAACUUGGAUUGUUCAUUAUUUCUGUGUGAUUAUACUUUCAGUCCGUUAUAGUUUAAUAUUGUAUGUAUAAUUUUUCUUUUUUAAAUAAAGAAUGUGAAUUAUA